AUGGUCGACGAUCUGUUGGCCAUGGCAAACGAUGAGAUAGCGUCCUUGAUUCCCAGCAACUUCUUUGUGGAUGGCUCCGCCGUCAGCGGCAAGAAAGUGUCAGAGGCCGCUUCCUUGGACCAAGAGACCUUGUACAAGGCGGUCCUCAAGGCCCUGGGAGACGAGGACGCGAAGAUCAGGGGAGGGGGUCAAGGGAUCGCCCUUCACAUGGAGGCUCAGUUCAUCAUGUCCAAGAUCCAUCAUUACCUCGACACCGACGGCGACGGCGAGCAAGAUGCUGAUCGAGCUGAUCGGACUGCAGCCUCCAUGGCCCUCGUCAUCGGCGGCGUCGCCAACCGUCUCGGAGACGUGGAAGUAGCUAAGUCGACGGUCAAUCGCAUCGCUGCCUUGCUCGCCUGCCCCUCCUUGGACGUGCAGACCGCCUGCGCCGUCGGAAUCAGCCGAGCGAUUAAGGUGCUGCCCGCCGAGCAGGGGACGGAGACUCUGAACCACUACCUCUCUGGGCUCGGAACGGAGGACGCUGCGACCGUCGCCUUUGGCAUCGCAGGAGUGGUCAAGGGAGUGACGUCUAAGGCCCUCUGCUCGCAUGGGGUGCUAGACCGCCUGGAGGAAGCUGUCAACGACAAGAAGGACGCCAAGAAGAGGGAGACGGCUCUCCGCACAUAUCAGGCGCUCUCUCUCGUCUUAAAGAACAUCUUCGAGCCCUAUGCAGGGAAUGUUCUUCCGCAAAUCAUCGCCAAGCUCGGGGACAAGGUCGCCCAAGUGAAGGCAGCGGCUGAGGACGCCUUCAAGGAUUUCACGUCCCUACUUUCCAACUACUCCUUGUAUGCCGUCAUGCCCAUCGUCGGACGCGCCCUCGGUGACUCAGCGUCCACCUCAUGGCAAGCUCGCGUUUUCUGCCUCAACUUCGUGGAGUCGAAGGUGGUUGCAGCUCGGCGGCAGGUGACGAGCAUCUCUCAGAGCAUUGUUCCUUCAGUCAUCGAGUCGCUUUCCGACACCAAGGCGGAGGUUCAAACUGCCGCCAAGUCUGCACUAACUACCAUAGGAAACGAACUGAUCACCAGCCCUGAGAUGAAGGCCAUGGUUGACCCGAUCGUGUCUGCCAUCAUCUCACCCGGCGAUAUGACCAACCCCUGCGUCGAAAAGCUCAUGGACGUGACAUUCAUGAACCCGAUCGACCGUCCCUGUCUCGCCCUCAUGGUGCCUGUGCUCCGAAGAGGCUUGACGGAGAAGAGGAACGAGGAUAAGCGAAGAGCUCUCCUCGUCGUUGGCAACAUGUGCGGUCUGGUCAUCGACGGCAAGGAGCUUAUUCCCUAUGUCCCUGCCAUCAUGCCCGACCUGGUUGCUUGCGUCAAGGACUCGAGCCCGGAGAUGCGACACUACGGGGCGACGGCGCUCGCGGCAUUUCUAAAGGGCAUGGCAGCAGCGCAUUUGGAACAGAGGUUCGAGAACUUGGCGGAGGAGCUGCAGAAGCUUCAGAAGGAGAUCGUGUCGACCGACAACUCCGUCAAGACUGCGGCGGAGCGAAAGUUGCAGGAGCUGAUCGAUCUGGCUAGCGAUCAGGCGACCAAGACGCAUCAUACUGAGGAGGAGGUGAAGGCUGACCUUGAGCGAUUGAAAUUGGAGGAGGAGGAGAAGCAACGUCAGGAGAUUGAGGCUGCGGAAGCAGCAAAACAAAUGGAGAUCGAGGAGGAAUCUAGAGCUGAAGUCAGCGAGUAUGCCCUACGGCAGAAGGCUAUUCAAGAGGAGGAGAAAAGGAAGGAGGAGGAGAAGAAAGAGCUCGAGAAGCAAGCGCGCGAGGAUGCGAAGAAACAGGCUGAAGCGGACAAGCUUCGCGCGUUCAAGAAGUUUCAGGAGGAGCAGAAAGCUGCUAUGCUGAAGCACCAGAGGGCCAAGAAGAAGAAGUAA